AUGGCUGACCCCGACCGAGAGCCUAGGGCCUCGACAGACCAAGAAACGGCGCCGUUGCUCGAGAAUGAGCAACCGACGUCCUCCAAGCUCGGGGACCUCCUACACGAGCCACUGACGCCCUUGACCCAACUACUAUUGAUUCUGACACUGUUCUUCCUCAUCGUCUCGUCUAUCUUCAUUGGUUUAUUCGCUGGAGCCGAGACUCGGCUAAAGGCUACGCCCGAGGGUGGGUCUGUGACUGUUACGAGUACGAUUACUGUGCCGACGACUAUAAUUGCUACGACGGCCGUACCCGCUCCAGGCCCCACUGCACCUCCCGAGAAGCCUGCAUCGUGCCUCACCGCCGACUGCGUCAAGCUCGCUGCGAGCCUACUCGAGAGCAUGGACACGACCCAGGACCCGUGCGAGAACUUCUACGACUAUGCAGCUGGCGGAUGGCUCAGGUCACACCCCCUUCCGGCCGAUAAGGGCCGCUAUGGACAGUUCGCGUCGUUAUCGAACGAGAACUUGGCCAUUGUACGCGACAUUCUUGACGCCGAGUCACCGAGCGCAUUGGCGGAGACCGCGCUCGUGGCGGACGAUGAGAAGAGGCUACUGAACAAGUUGCGGGACUUGUACGAGAGCUGCAUGGACGAGGAUACGCUUGCUAAGUUUGGUGACCUGCCACUUCGCGAAGUCGUGCGGACCGUGCGUCGCCUCUUCCGCCAGGAGGGGACGAAGAUAUAUGCCACCGGCGAGGAAGGCGAAGCAGGCAAACGCCGCAAGGGUCUGAGCGCCGCACUCGCGUACUUGCACUCCAAGGGCAUCACCGCUCUCUUCGACUUGGGCAUUGACGGCGACGCCGCAGUCGACCCCAACCACAUGGUGCUCUGGUUCAACCAGCCGUUCAGCUUUGGCUUGCCGAGCAAGGAGUACUUUGAAGAUGAGGACAUGCGCGACUUGUACGAGGAUGUGCUGAAGGACCUCUUGGAGGCUCUUGAGGAGAAGGAAGAGGACGUCGUCGAUGACGAGUGGGUGUUGGUCAAGAGGGACGAGAAGAAGCAGGCUGUAUUGGACAUCGAGGAGACGGAGGAGACGGUCAAGUCUUGGCCUCCGUGGCCCUGGCCGCCAUGGGACGGCGACGACGACGGUGACAAGCCGCACAAGCCGUCGCCUCCCACGCCCGCAAAGCUCGCAGCGAACGUUGUGGCCUUCGAGCGCAAACUCGCAAACGCGACACUGGACCUUGACAAGCUCACUCAAGACCCCUUCGGAACGUACAACAAGAUCCCGCUCUCCAACAUCUCGUCUACACUCAAUCAGCUCGACUUCGGCGGCUACCUCGCGUCGUUCAACCCGCGCAACUUCCCCGAGUUCGCCAUCGUCACGUAUCCGCCAUUCAUCUCGAGCUUGAGCCAGCUUUUGGACGAUGUCGAUAAGGACACUCUCGAGGCUUACCUCACGACCCGCCCGAUGCUGGCGCUUGCGAGCCGCCUAAGCACUGAGACUGCCGCAUGGAAGGCAAAGCGCCGUCUCACGGAGACGUUGCAGGGUAUCAAGCCCGGCGCGUUGCCCGACCGCGCUGAGUACUGUGUCGAAGCCGUCGACUCUGCCCUCGGUUUCGGCGCAGGCCACUUCUUCGUGAGCGAGACAUUCUCACCCGACGCUCGUGCGCGCGGCGAACAUAUCAUCUCGAGCAUCAUCGAGAGCUUCAAGACAAGCCUCAAGAGCGUUGAGUGGAUGGACAAGGAGAGCGCGAAGAAGGCUGGGGAGAAGGCUGAUAAGCUGAGGAUCAAGGUCGGAUACCCGACGAGCCCGGACACGUUAAGCGCGCGGGCUCUCCUCAACUACUAUUCGUUGGUGAAGGUGGAUGAGAGGACAUACUUCGACAACAUGCUCUCUGCCGAUGCCAGCGAAGUAUACAAGAUGUGGCAAACACUCGGCAAAGCACGCGAUCUCGCCGCCUGGGAGAUGACGCCCGCAACUGUGAACGCAUACUACAACCCACCCGCAAACGAGCUCGUUUUCCCCGCCGGCAUCAUGCGCCCACCGUUCUUCCACCUCUCCUGGCCUUCGUACCUCCAGUACGGCGCCUUCGGCAUGGUUGCCUCGCACGAGCUUACACACGCGUUCGACUCGAGCGGAAGGAUGUACAACCAGGACGGCAAGCUCGAGGAGUGGUGGAGCAACAGCACGAGCGAGGCGUUCAACGGAAAGCAGAAGUGUAUCGAGCAGCAGUACGGGAACUAUACGGUCAUCGGGCCCGACGGGAAGGUCGAGCACGUCAACGGCCUGCUCACUGCCGGCGAGAACAUCGGCGAUUCCGGUAUCAUCCAGUCGCUCCGCGCAUGGCGCGCGGAGUUCAACGCGUCUUUGGAGGCCGGGAACGAGUACACUUUGCCUGGUCUGGACCACCUUACGAGGGAACAGCUGUUCUUCGUCGCAUCUGGCAGGCAGUGGGCUGAGAGUAUCAAGCCGGCGAGCUUGGUGCAGAGGGUUAGGACCGACCCGCAUAGUCCAAACCGAUUCCGCGUUGAGGGGACGUUAAGGAACGUGAAGGAGUUUGCGGAGGCUUGGGGGUGUCCUGUUGGGAGCAAGAUGAACCCACCCGACGAGGAGAGGUGCUUGCUUUGGAGCUGA